AUGUCCGCUGCCCAACUACUUAAUCCCAAGGCCGAGUCUCGCAGGCGGGGUGAAGCUCUCCAGGUCAACAUCAGUGCUGGUGAGGGCCUGCAGAAUGUGCUCAAAUCCAACCUCGGCCCUCUGGGCACGAUAAAAAUGCUUGUUGAUGGCGGUGGCCAGAUCAAGCUCACAAAGGACGGAAAUGUGCUACUCCGAGAGAUGCAGAUCAAGAACCCUACUGCUGUCAUGAUUGCGCGAGCCGCUACCGCUCAGGACGACAUCUGUGGAGAUGGAACGACAUCUGUCGUGCUGCUUGUCGGUGAGCUGCUGAAGCAGGCCGAGAGGCACAUCGCAGAAGGACUACACCCCCGUAUCAUCACCGACGGCUUCGAAAUUGCCAAGGCCGAAUCCCUAAAGUUCCUGGAUCAGUUCAAGCUUCCCCGAGAUAUCGACCGAGAACUCCUCAUCAACGUUGCCAGGACCGCCCUGGCUACCAAGCUCAACUCGACUCUCGCCACUAAGCUUACUCCCGACAUUGUCGACGCCGUCCUUGCCAUCUACCAGGCUCCCGCGAAGCCCGAUCUGCAUAUGAUUGAGAUUAUGAAGAUGCAGCACAGGACAGCGUCUGAUACUCAACUCAUCAAGGGUCUUGCUCUCGACCACGGCGCGCGGCACCCCGAUAUGCCAAAGAGGGUAGAAAAUGCCUUCAUCUUGACUCUUAACGUCAGCUUGGAGUACGAAAAGACGGAGAUCAACUCCAGCUUCUUCUAUUCUAGCGCCGAGCAGAGGGACAAGCUUGUGGAGAGCGAGCGCAGGUUCGUCGAUGACAAGCUUAUCAAGAUUGUCGAUCUCAAGAAGCGCGUAUGCGGUAGCGAUCCUAAGAAGAACUUUAACGGCAUCCUUGCCCUCAGGAGGGCCAAGAGGAGAAACAUGGAGCGCCUUCAGCUUGUGUGCGGCGGUAUCGCGCAGAACAGCGUGGACGACCUUAGCCCCGAUGUUCUCGGUUGGGCUGGCCUUGUUUACGAGCAGACCCUAGGUGAAGAGAAGUACACGUUUGUCGAGGAGGUCAAGGAUCCCAAGUCUGUCACCCUCCUGAUCAAGGGUCCCAACCAGCAUACCAUCACCCAGGUCACGGAUGCGGUUCGUGAUGGUUUGAGGAGCGUCUACAACACCAUUGUCGACAAGAGCGUUAUUCCCGGCGGUGGUGCCUUCCAGGUCGCUUGCGCCGCUCACCUCAGGAGCGACGCCUUCUCCAGGACCGUCAAGGGCAAGGCCAAGUGGGGUGUUUCCGCAUUUGCCGAUGCUCUUCUCAUCAUUCCCAAGACCCUCGCCGCGAACGCCGGUCACGAUAUUCAGGAUGCUUUGGCGUCUCUUCAAGAUGAGCAUGCGGAUGGCAAUGUUGUCGGCCUUGACCUCAUCAGCGGUGAGCCCAUGGACCCCGAGCUUGAGGGUGUUUACGACUCUUUCCGAGUGUUGCGCAACUGCAUCGCUUCGAGUUCUAGCAUUGCCGCCAACCUCCUACUCUGCGACGAACUGCUCAAGGCAAGGCAGAUGGGCAGGCAGAGCGGACCCGGUGGCAUGGAGGCCCCUGAGAUGUAA